UUUACAGGACUCAAACUCAUUAUUUUCUACCUGCGAUCGUUGCGAUCGAGUGUAUACGAAGCAAGCCAAUUCAACAUCGACAUUCCUGCGGAGCUGCAAAAACCAAACGGAACCCGCAGGACAGGUCGUUGGUUAAACCCCCUUUCCACUUCACUAAGACAAUAGAUAUUGGGGAAAUGAGAGCCAUUUCUCCGGCAAAUUGCGGAUAUACGUCCUUCAAACGCAACCGUUCAUGAUAAAUCAAACAGAAACCCGAUCCGAAACAUGUCAGCAAGAUCAAUAACUUCCUCUCAUCACUCUUCCACUCUUGGCAAAGUUUCACCUGGAAGUAUCGCUCCCACUCGACACUCGUCUCGGCGAUCUCAUUCGAGCGAAUCCAAUCAUUCCGCCCGCAGCGAUACGACCGAGACACCUACCCAACUUUCGUUGUCGCGGUCAUUGAUAGCCACCCGCUCUUCCAGAGGACGCGGGGACGCAAUCUCAACAGAGUCUAGCAAUGCCUCGCCCCCCCUAUCGCAGUCGCCUUCGUUUCGUUUAACUAGGAAGCGAGCCGCAGAAGAAUUCGAACGAACCGUGGAAAGCAAGCCGGUGGAAGUGGACGAAAUGGACAUGGAAGAGAUCAGUCCGACACACACGAGAGCGAGCUCAGGGGACAGUGGUGGCGGACAAGCUGGACUCCAUGUGUGUCUUUGUCAACCAGAUCCCAAAAUCCCCAGACCCAGAAAUGGUGAGUCAAAUAUCUGUCAUGUCUGUAGUCAGUGAGCUUUCUCGCUCCAAGCCCUCACAUAUGAUGUGUACUCAUUUGGUUCUAUGCACAACUUCGCGCUCUCUCUCUCUCUCUCAUGGAGCCUCAGGAGUCCUUG